AUGGCGGCAUAUUCGAACAGAUCUCCUUCUCCACUUUCCACACGACCCGGUAAUCCAAAUCCCAAAAUUUCUGAAUCUAAUUCCGGACCCAGACGGAGUUUCACUGGAAACCCUAAUUCUCGACCAUCUGUUCACACGAAUCCGAAAAACUUUUAUCCCAGUACCCCUGCCAACAGCCCUUCAGAUUUUGCAAGAAGACGCUCGGUGGGGAAAGAAGGUAUCGUUGCUAAAGAGAAUGAUGAUCACAACUUAAAAGCAGCAAAUAUCCGGCAGGCAGGUUCGGGUUCCAAGAAUUUCAUGUCUCCAACGAUUUCUGCAGCCUCCAAGUUCACUCCAUCACCAAGAAAGAAAGUUUUGGUGGAGAGAAACGAUCCAGUUCGGACUUCAAUUUCGCUCUCCGAUGGAAAAGCUGUUUUUUUAUCUGCGAAUUCCGAAGAUACCGAGCCAAAAUCUGACAUGGAUUCAAAUCUGAACAAGGUCUGGGGAAGUUCUCUUGACUCGAAAGUUUCUGAUACAGCAGAGAGAGACGCUGCUCUUGAAGGUCCUCCAGUUUCCAAGCCAUUGAAGAGAGUGACAUUUUUAGAGGUACCUUCAGAUUCUGAGAAUACAUUUGAAUCAAUGUCGGAUACAGUAAUUAUAGAUUCUGAUUGUUUUAAUGAGAACAAGACUUCUUGUUCAUCUGGACCCCCUGUUAUAGCUCCACUUGAUGCUGAUCCUUCUAUGCCUCCUUAUGACCCUAAAACCAAUUACCUCUCUCCAAGGCCUCAGUUUCUUCACUAUAAACCAAAUCCACGAAUAAAAAUUCUUUUGAACAAGGGAAGGGAGAUCGAUUCAGAUGAAUUCAAGAAGUUAGAAGAUAGUUUUAUGUCAGAAAUUAUAUCUGGAAGCAAUUCAGACUCCGAAGGCACAGAAGAGUCUUCGCAGAAUGAAACAUCAGAGGAUACUUCUUCAAUCAAAAUGGUGUUGGGAGUAGAUGAAAAAGAAGAAAAUAAGGUGCUGGAAGUAAAUGAAAAAGAAGAAGAGACUCUUGUCUCUGAUUCAUUAUUACCAAUCAGUACAACUGUUCCUGAUGUAAUUUCUGAGGAGAAUUUUGAGGCUAAAAGGGAUAAGAAAUCAUGGGUUUUCCCUAGAUUAAAAUGUUUUUCUUUGCUUUUGAUGUUCUUGAUUGCAUGUGUAUGUGUAUCAGUAUUGGCUACUGAUUCAUCAGUCAUUCGUGCAUCUAAGCUUAAAGAUUUGAGCUUGACUAAUCUUUAUCACCAAUCAAGAGCUGCUGCUUUUACGAAAGUCAAUUUGGAUGGAUUUGUCAGAAAUGUUAAUCAGUAUUCAGUUGAUUCUCUGUCCUAUAUAUCUAAGCUGAUUACUGAUUUUGGUAGAGAAAAUAAACUGGGAACUUUGCAGUUCAUGAACUCGACUGAUUUACAGUAUGAGUUGAUGAUUGAUGAUCACUUUAUGAUGAAAAAGCAGUUCAGCAAAGAAUUUGAAGAAAAUGAGAUGGAAGAGAAUUUAGACGCAGAAUUUCAGGAAAUUGAAGAGGAAGUUUCUGCGGAGGUUGAUUCUAAUGAGAUCAUUGAGAAGGAAACUGAAGUAUCAAAUGUAUUAGAAGAAAACCUUGAAGAAAAUGAGAUGAAAGAGGAUUCAGACGCUGAAUUGCAGGAAGUUGAGGACGAAGGUUAUGCAGAGAUUGAUUCUGAUGAGAUAAUUGAGACAGAAGUCAAAGACGUAUACCCAGCUUCUCCUGCACAGCUUCCAGAAUCCGAGCCCGAUAGUCAAGUAAACAUGAAGAAUGAAGGAGAGAUUGUCUCUUAUAUUAAUGUUGAACAGAAGAGUGACACAAUCUCAGAAGAUCAGUUCGCCAUAAAUUCAAUGGAUCGUAAAAUUCAAAGCGAAGCCAACAUUGUUAAUCCUGAAAUAAGCAAAACUGAGAAAAUCGAAGGUAGCAAUGAUCUUGAUCGUUGUACACAGGCUGAUCUUAAGUUAUUGGAUCACGAAAAUUCGUCUAAAAUCGAUUCUCUUAACAAAGGUGUUGAGGGUACGCAAGUGGUGGCGUCGAAACUUAGUCAAGUAGAUGGUAAAUUUGCUGUUGUGGGAGUUUCUUGCCUAGUUGUUACAUUAUUGGCAGCUGCAGCUUUCACCCAUAGGAAUCAAAGAACUUCUACGUCGUCCAAAGCUGUCUCUUGUACUGAUCCAUUGUCGAGUAAGAAGACAAUCUAUGGAUUAGCUGGUGAUGUAGGGCAUGUGUAUCAAGAAAAGCAUUCCUCUCAGAAUUGGACAACAGAGGACGUAUCAUGUCGUUCGGAAGUUAGUAGUUUUGUGAAAAACUCGUCAUCGUCUCACAGCAAAAGAAGAGUAUCAAAUGAAGCUCAAAGCCAUGACAGGAAGGCAAGAAAAUUUUCGAAAAGGGAGUCAUUGGCUUCUUCUUCCUCAGAGUAUUCUGGUUCUGUUUCAUACGGAAGCUUCACCACUUAUGAGAGGAUCCCAAUCAAGCAUGUUAAUGGAGAUGAAGAAAUUAUUACCCCAGUGAGGCGAUCGAGCAGACUCAUUAACCAGUUUCGGUAUUCAAGAAUUGUAAUUCACAAUAGAAGGACAAGAGUCUAUUGUAAGAAUCAAGAGAGUGAAAACCAAAGCAAUGGUGAAGAACCUCCUGAGUCAUUGUUUAUGAAAGAAUUAAAGAGGCGAGGUAUGACACCUACUUCAUUGCUCGAGGAAGAGAAUAGGAGCAUUGAGAGCGAUGAUCAAAUGAAGUUCAAAGAAGAAGAUCGGAGUUUCUCACUUAGAAAUGCAGUGAGAACAGAUUCUGAAAUAAACCUACUUAAUCAGAGGGAGCAGUCUAUGGCACUGAACAGUGAAGGCCUUGAGGGUUUGAUUCCACGGGCUAAACUUUUGCUUACCCUUGGGGGAACUUUCUUUUUGGCUUUUUGGCCAUUGAUUCUCGUAACUGUUGCAUCAUUUGCUGCUCUGUAUCUGUAUUUUGGACCAUCUUUUGUUCACAAUGGAAGUGAUACUCCUGUCAGUUCACCUCAAUAUAUAGAUCCUUCUGUACUACUUGAAGAAGAAAGGAUAUAUAAAACCGCCCCUAGUCUAAAUUAA